AUGACCAACCAAGAUGAAGUACCACCGCAAGCUCACAUCGGCCAUCCAACCAUUCAUAUCCGCCUCAUUGGACCAGUCGCGCUUAUUCAUCCAAUCCACGCUCCGACGCGAGCACAACUGACACCAGCUGGAGAUCUCUUGCACCCUCACGAUCACAUGAACAUCUUCAACAUUAGUCCGUUAUCGAAAUUUGACCAUGUUCAUUGGGAACACAGAAUGCCAUUACCAAAGCCUAAGGUAGAGCUCGUCCAAGGCCGUCUAGGAGAUUUCGCGCGUUGUCAGCACAACGUCUUUACUCUCGGAGUCCGCAGAUAA